GGAGCAGGAGGGAGCGAGCAUAGCGCCUGCUCACUGCGCUCUCCACCAUGGCUACGGUGCUGUCCCGGGCGCUGAAGCUGCCGGGAAAGAAGAGCCCGGACCUCGGGGAGUACGAUCCCCUCACUCAGGCUGAUAGUGAUGAAAGUGAAGAUGACCUCGUACUCAACAUACAGAAAAAUGGGGGUGUCAAGAAUGGGAAGAGCCCCCCUGAGGAGGUGCAGGAUCCUGACUCCGAUGUGGAGGUUGGGAUGACAAAGCAGCGCACGUCAGAAAGCGCGCCCGAGGGUUAUCCUGCAGAGGCGGCUGGGAGUUUGGAGCAGAAGGCUGCUCCCUCCCUCAUGCCAUACCUGCGCACAGCGGUCUUUUUGCUCACUGUGGUGAUCUCAAUGAUUCUUGUUUUGGUGUGCGCAUUUCUCAUUCCCUGUCCCCCUAGAGAUUUGCAUAACACCUGGAACCGCAACCUAGGUCAGGGAACAGGUGGAGUGUUAUCCCCACUGGAGCUGUGUGAUGUGAACGGCGAUGGGCUUCCUGACAUCCUCAUCGUCUUCACAGCCUUGAUGAAUGCUAGUGUCAUGGGUGUCUCUAGGCCCUCUGUGACUGUGGUGGCCCUUUCUGGUAUGAACGGCAGCACCCUGUGGUCCAUCCAACUUCCAGAGGAGACUCGGAGUGUGCAGUGCAAAGGGCUGUCUCUGGGGACACCAGCAGAGCCCACCUGCCUUGUGACAGGAACAUCUAAAUUCCUCAGCCUUCUCAGUGCCUCCACAGGCAAGACCAUCUGGACACUGAACUCCAUCCACCUUUCUGAUGGGAUCCUGGCUGCACCGGCUGCAACUCUUCCAGAUGUAGAUGGAGAUGGUGUUAGGGAUAUUGUUGUUCUGGCUCUCAAAGAGACACAGCCUGAUGUGUUUUUCGUCUUGGUGUCAGGAAAGACCGGGACUGCUUUGGGUGGGCCUGUGAAGUACAACAUCAAUGGAGAAGGGAAAGUGAUUGGCCCUCAAGUCCAUAUCACCAGCCGGGGAGCCAUCUACAUCCUGUUUGGUUUUGGUAAGACACACCUAGCCUCUUCAGUACUUCACAUUACUGAGAAAACAUUCUUUUUACCUAAAGUUGCUCAGUGGCCCUGGGAUGUCUGCACCAUACCUUGCAAUGUAAAAUCUGGAAGCAGAGAGCAUGAGAAAGAGUCUCACUGCCAUGAUGUGAAAGAGUACCAAUGCCUGUUCGGCUGGAAUAUCUUGGAGUUUCCCGAAGCCAGCUCUGCCAGUGGCACAUUGUUCCAAGGAACUCUCAGCUCUUUUUUUGCUUUCUGCUUUGUGUGGCCUUUUACCACAACUACAGUGGUCCAAAGGACCCUCUGUACUAUCACACAAUUAACCUUUGCAGGCAUGACUUCAUGUUUACGCUUCCUGGCAGGUAAUGUCCAAGCAGUUGCCCUGAGGGAUAUCUUUACCCAAGCCAGAAACCGGGACAGCUUUCCUGCAAUGCUGCAGCAGGAGGAGCCGGAGUGGGAAAAACGCAGAUCUGUAAACCUGUCAGAGCUCAUUGACAUUUACAGUGGGGGUGUUGAAUUCCUGAUGAAGACACGUGACACAAACUGCAGCAACCUGCUCAUCACCAGCAAAGAGGGCUUGAUCCUACUACAGGGACAGGACCUGGAGCCCCGUUGGACUUUGGACAUGCAGAAUAUCAGCAGCCAGCCUGUGCCGGGUUACUUCAGUGCUGAUCAAACUCUGGACUUCAUGCUGCAAGCACUGACUGGAGAUGGGAACAAAAAGGUGGUGGUGAUAGAUGGCAAAUCUGGCAUCCCUGUUUGGAACCAGGAACUCCCAUGGCAGAAGCAGCAACUUGAUGCACUAUCAGUCAUGACUUUGGACAAGAAAUCUGUUUUUCUCUUCUGGGCUGAUGAAGCACAGCCUGUGUUACAAAGCCUGCAACCUGGUCCCAGAUCUGAACGCCCAGGGCUGCACCAUCUUUAUCUCCUCCAUCCUGUUUUUCCUACAGUCCUUUUGGACCUCACCAAUGUAACAGACAAAGUCAUUGCUUCAGCAAUUGGAAUUAAUGAUCUCCAGAAGGAUGCAUUUCACAUCACUGUGACAACAACUGCAACCUCUGAAAAACAGCCAGGAUUUCUCUCAGUCAGCAAGCUGGGCCUGAAGUGGGCCAUGAUGACUCAAGGUCGAAUGGUGUGGCUAAAGGAUUCCACCACUCCCAAAAUCAGCCGUGGAGAAGUGAGGCGAUUUCUUGCCCGGCUAAAAUUUGUUGACUUUCCUCACAAGCUCUAGCGUAGUGGUUCCUCAGAUUUUGGCUGGACCUAUGGCCUGCAUGGGGAAUAGAGGAAGCUGCUCUGUGGAUCUUCAGGAAAAGAUGCUGUGUAGAGGGAAUGGGGGCUAAAAGCACUUCGCCUUUCUUCAGCUCUCUGGGGAAUGCUGCUGGAGGCAGGUUUGUCCCAGGCAAACCUGUCCUGUACCAGAGGAACCUUGUUCAGCGUCUCCCCUUCCAUAUGCUGUUCUUGCAUGCUUCCUUCCAGGUAACAUGGAAAUGUGAAUUUAGAGCUUAUAUACAUACAUAUAUAUACAACUAGGUUAUAUAUAUAUAUGGAAAACUGUUGUUUUCCAGUUAUAUAUAUGUGUAUGUAUCAAUUUAUACAAUACAUGUAUAUUUUUUGUAUGUUUAAUUUAUGAACAGAUUUGGGACACUCCUUUUUAUGUCCAAACAGUAUUCCCAGGCAGACAAACAAGCUCUAGGCCUAAGGUGGGCUAUGAUGACUCAAGGCAAGUGGUGUGGGUAAAGGACGCAUCUAUUUUAAUGUUUAUAUUUUUAGAAAGAAGCCUCCGUCUGGCUCCUGCAGGGCAAGUCUUGUCUACAGCCUUUCCUGUGCUCUCAGUCCUCUUCUCCAUUCUGUUGCCAACCUCGCAAACAAACUAGCUCUUUUGCUGAAUUAUCUGAUCUAGAGAAAGAUGGCUGCAAUAGCAUUUCCCAGCCUUUGCACUUGUGUAUUUCUUUUCCGAGUCCCAAGUUCAAAACAAGUUCAUGUGGGUGACGUAGAAGCAAAAGGUUCAUAUGUCAUUUCUACCUCCUGUUCAUCCAUCCUUAAGCUUUUUAUGAACCUGAAGUGUCACUGUAAUGUCAUACUGCAGUCCAGUGGGCUGAGUCCCCCCUUGAAAAGCAUUGCAGCCCUUUUGGGAUAGACUCUCAGCAGAUCCCUGCUAGUACUGUAAAGAUCACAAUAGAUCCAGUUGCAGAGAAGCUGAUUCUCACACCACUGCUUCAGGUUUUAGAGGCUCAGACAGAGAAGCAGAGAUGGAAAGCUUUUUUGUGCACUUGACCCCUAUUCUGGGCUCAGCUUGACCGUUCUCCUGCCAGCCCAGCUCUGUGUGCAGUUCCAGGAGCAGACUGUCCCCAGGGCACGUUUGCUCUCUGUACAUUUAGUGCUUUGAACUGUGCCUGUGAGUGUUCCAUCAGUCUCCUGCGUUGUAGUUGCAGAGCAUCUACAUGAAGCUUCCUGCAACAGAAAUGACCAUAUAUAAAUUGGCCACUUUGGUGCCCCAGUAGCUCCCAACAAUGCGGGACAACAGCAUGUUGCCUGUUUCCCAAAUAUGCCUUUCUAGGCCUGACCUUUGACAUUAGGCAGAGCCAGCCUGAGGUGAGAACUGCAAAUGGCUCUUCUGUCCUCCUGCUGGCAUGUAACCAUUCCUGCCUCCCCACACUUUCCUCUGAGUGGUGCGAUGAUGGCAGGACUUUGAUCCUGCCUCCACAUGGGCACAGCUACCAUGGGUUUACUCUCCUGUGCUCUUGACACCUCUUCUUGUGAUGUCACCCUCUCUUCUCCCUCGCUGCAUCUCUGUGCAAAGCUUCCAGGAUAGCUCUUCAGGAUUAGCUGCAAACCCCAGGGCUGGUCCUUGGGCCCUUCUCUCCUAAUGUCGGACCCUGAGAACAGUUUAUAUAUGUUUAAUGGUAUUUUUGUGUAAAUAGCUUUGUAUAUAUUAGCACAACUGUAGCAACAGCUCUAGGCCUGGCGUUUUCCUCCAGACAGAGGUUAGUAUUUAUAAUAUUCAGUUAGUUAAUACAGAUGCAUAAUAGGGACUAAAAGCGUGAGGAUCAGUAACAUAAGAAGAUUAAACAGGAGUGCACCUUCCCUCCUGUCUAGCCACCACCUUGCUGGGAAAGGUGAGGCAUCUGUUACCUGUAGUUAUUCUCCUGAGGUUCUUCCUGAGAGAACUGAUAUUUGAGUGCAGUGACACUAGCUCCUCCAUAAUGUGAAUUCACCCCACCCGCACACACACGUCCCCACUGUGAAUAAAGAGUCUGUCUGUAUAUUGUUGGGAAAAUGUAUUUGAACAGUGAACUGCAGUGGAGCAAAUAAAUACUGUGUACAGCA